AUGUCGCUUCCAGCAAGAAACCAUCGUACUUUAUACCACAUCAGCCUCCGGCCCGAAAGCACCAGCACAAAGCUCAGGGUAGUAUUCGACGCAUCGGCCAAGACAGACAACGGAAAGUCACUCAACGACAUGUUGCUGCCUGGACCUAAUUUGCAAAACAACUUGUUAUAUCUUAUGUUACGAUUCCGGACGCACUUGUACACAAUAAAUGCCGAUAUUGCAAUGAUGUUUCGGCAAAUAAGGAUAGUAAAGGAAGAUCGCAAUCUUCAGUUGAUCCUCUGGAGAUGUCAAGAAUCUGAACCGGUAGAGGUAUUCAGCUUAAAUACUGUCACAUAUGGAACCGCCUGUGCGCCCUAUUUGGCACAGUGUUGUUUGCAGAAACUAGCAGAAGAAGAGGGAGAAUCAUUCCCCCUUGCAAGGAAAGCACUUCAAUCGGAUUUUUACAUGGACGAUGUAAUCACUGGAUCCGACGAUCUUGAAGAAACUAUUAUGCUGCAGAAACAACUUAUGACAUUACUAGGAAAAGGUCAAUUUCCUUUGAGAAAAUGGAGAGCAAACAAUGAAAAGAUAUUGCAACAUUUGACAGUGGAUAGCAAGGCCGAUGAACUAUUGGUAUUAAACAAAGAAGAGCCUCUGAAGGCACUUGGAUUGCUAUGGGAUCAUAGAACAGAUCUCUUGCACUAUAGUAUAAGGAAUAUGGACCUUCACCGAGCCACUAAACGCACAGUAUUAUCGGAGAUAUCAAAGAUCUACGAUCCAUUGGGACUUCUAUCACCUGUACUUAUAGUCUCCAAAAUCCUCAUGCAAAGGCUUUGGUUCUUAGAUGUUGGAUGGGACGAAAGCCUGCCGCAAGAUCUAUACACGCAAUGGAAGAGUUAUCGUUCGUCUCUAAACCAAUUACAGGAGAUAAGGGUUUCUCGUUGUGUAAAGGAAGGCAACGCAAAGGCGAAAUUUGAUUUACAUCGAUUCGGAGACGCCUCCAAGAAGGCCUACGGCGCAUGUAUCUAUGCAGCCAGCAAGGACGUGGAUGGUAAUUUACAUUCAAGACUUUUAUGCGCCAAGUCAAGGGUAGCACCCUUAAAAACAAAAACCAUUGCAAGGUUGGAGCUGUGUGCGGCACUACUAGUGGCUCAGCUGUGUCACGAAGUACAGGAGGCACUAGGCGAAGCAACCAACAAUAUUCACAUGUGGACAGACUCCAUGAUUGUGCUGGGAUGGAUAGAAGCCUGCUCCAGCACCUUGAAGACUUUUGUGGCCAAUAGGAUAUCGAAAAUACAACAGCUCUCGGCGAGAGAAUCGUGGCAUCAUGUGGCGUCUGGCGAUAAUCCUGCAGAUAUCCUGUCGAGAGGAACCACUACUCAGCAACUAAAGGAUAACAGCCUAUGGUAG